CUCUCCCGCCAGUCUCCCUCCCACGCGAUGGCCUCGGCGCUCAGCUAUGUCUCCAAGUUCAAGUCCUUCGUGAUCUUGUUCGUCACCCCGCUCUUGCUGCUGCCACUCAUCAUUCUGAUGCCCGCCAAGUUCGUCAGGUGUGCCUACGUCAUCAUCCUCAUGGCCAUUUACUGGUGCACGGAAGUCAUCCCUCUGGCCGUCACCUCCCUCAUGCCUGUCUUGCUCUUCCCACUCCUCCAGAUUCUGGACUCCAAGCAGGUGUGUGUUCAGUACAUGAAGGACACCAACAUGCUGUUCCUGGGCGGCCUCAUCGUGGCCGUGGCCGUGGAGCACUGGAACCUACACAAGAGGAUCGCCCUGCGCACACUCCUCUGGGUGGGGGCCAAGCCUGCACAGCUGAUGCUGGGCUUUAUGGGGGUCACAGCCUUCCUGUCCAUGUGGAUCAGCAACACGGCCACCACUGCCAUGAUGGUGCCCAUCGUGGAGGCCGUGCUGCGGCAGUUGGAGGCCACGAGUAUGGCUGCUGAGAACGGGCUGGGGGCACUGGAACUGGUGGACAAGGGCAAGACCAGCGAGUUGCCAGGGAACCAGGUGACUUUUGAAGGUCCUGCCAAGAGGCAGCAAGAGGAUCGUGACCGGAAGAACAUGUGCAAGGCCAUGACCCUGUGCGUGUGCUAUGCGGCCAGCAUCGGGGGAACUGCCACCCUGACGGGGACCGGACCCAACGUGGUGCUCGUGGGCCAGAUGCACGAAUUGUUCCCUGGCAGCAACGACCUCGUGAACUUCGCCUCGUGGUUUGCAUUUGCCUUCCCCAACAUGCUGAUCAUGCUGCUGCUCGCCUGGCUGUGGCUCCAGUGCUUUUACAUGAGAUUCAAUUUUAAAAAGUCCUGGGGCUGCGGGCUGGAAAGGCAGAACAAUGAGAAGGCUACUUACGAGGUGCUGCAGGAGGAGUACAGGAAGCUGGGCCCCAUCUCCUUCGCCGAGGUCAACGUCCUGAUCUGCUUCCUGUUGCUAGUCGUCCUAUGGUUCUCCCGCGACCCCGGCUUCAUGCCUGGCUGGGUGUCCAUCGCUUGGGAGGAGGGUGAGACAAAGUACGCCACAGAUGCCACUGUGGCCAUCUUUGUGGCCAUCUUACUAUUCAUCAUGCCUUCACAGAAGCCCAAGUUCAACUUCUGCAGCCAGACUAAGGAAGAAAUGAAAACUCCAUUUUACCCCCCUGCACUGCUGAAUUGGAAGGUGGCCCAGGAGAAAGUGCCCUGGGGCAUUGUGCUGCUACUGGGGGGUGGAUUUGCUCUGGCGAAAGGAUGUGAGGCCUCGGGGCUGUCCGAGUGGAUGGGGAAGCAGAUGGAGCCCUUGCACGCAGUGCCCCCAACGGCCAUCACCUUGAUCCUGUCCUUGCUCGUUGCUGUGUUCACUGAGUGCACAAGCAACGUGGCCACCACCACCCUGUUCCUACCCAUCUUUGCCUCCAUGUCUCGUUCCAUUGGCCUCAACCCGCUCUACGUCAUGCUCCCCUGUACCCUGAGUGCGUCCUUUGCCUUCAUGUUGCCGGUGGCCACCCCGCCCAACGCCAUCGUCUUCGCCUACGGACACCUCAAGGUUGCUGACAUGGUGAAGACAGGAGUGUUCAUGAACAUCAUUGGCAUCCUCUGUGUGUUUCUGGCCGUCAACACCUGGGGCCGGGUCCUAUUUGACUUGGAUCACUUCCCCAGCUGGGCCAAUGGGACUCAUAUCAAGACCUAGGAAGAGCUGCUGGACUGUACACACAGCCCCCACCCUCUGAGGACCUCCGAACCUUCCAGCACACCUUGCACAGAGUUUUGGAGUUCACACCCCAAAGCCACCCAAUGAUGUCCACACUCCACCUAGACCCAGCCACCGGACCGCCUCUUCCUCCAGGCCCAGAUUCGGAGAUCGGGAUGGGCAGCUGGAGGGCAGGCUUGGAAGGGAGGAGAGUCCCUGCAGAUGCCUCUGGACUCUGGCUCACCCAGGCCCUGCCAUCAUCUCUGGGACAGGCAGGCAGCAGACAGGCUGGAACGUAGGCUCCUGGACCCACUCAGCCUCCAGAAGCCACCAUGCUGGGCCGUGCUGGGCCACACUGGGUCACACGGAGCCUUCACGUGCUUAGUUCUCAUUAUCUAAAGAGGAACCAGAUCCCCAGGUUGGGCGCUGAAAAAGUAACCUCCCAGUGCCCACCUCAUCGAGUGCGCCUUGAGCUGCCACGGAUCAUCUCUGUCAUCCUGAAGGGGACAACCCAGCCAGACACAAAACGUCUGGUCCUCGGCAGUGUCCUGGAGACCCCGGGAACUCUGUCUGGGGCCACCACCAAAGAGCAAGGCAUGUGAGUUGCUAACUUCAGGAUGCCGUCUGCCUGCCCCCCUUGACUAACCUGCUUCCCCUCCUUACCUUGUUCCAUGUUUAUGGACUGAACCCCUUUCCCAGCUCUCCAGUGAGCUCCCUUCAACCCCUAGGCCCCUUUGUGUCUGGACCACAGACAAAAACAUUCCUGACCUGGGACCCCUGUACCCCCCCUUUCCUCAGGCUGGUCAGUCUGACUCUUCAGCUGCUCCCACACGGUUGGGAACACACUCCAAGUAUGGGCAGUCAUGGCUUUUACAGGGCCGUAGCCAGGUGCUCCUCGCCCGCAGGCCCAGAGUAGACACAGCUGUUCGUUUCCAAUAGCUGGGUCCCUCCAGGCUUUGCUUGUCCUGUGGUGUGCAAGCUCUUCCGGGGAAAACCUUUCCCCGGCUGCCUGGCUUUCACGCUCAGGCCCAGAGGCAAUGCAUGGCUGGGAGUAAGCAGUGUUUGCUGGCCCCUGAACAGACAGCCCCUGCCCAUGAGCAAAUCUUCCUGAGGCUACUGGGGCAAAGACCCCAGAGUGACCAUGGGAACCUUCAGAAGCCCCCUGAGUGAGAGAGACAUGAGACCGCCACCCUCCUCUCUCCAACUUCCUUUCCUUCCCUCCUUGUGCUAGAAGAAUGGCAGUGGCAGAUAGAAGAGGCUCAUGGAUUUGGAGGCAGGAAAAGGCGUGGGAACCUGUGGAUCUGGUUCCUUGGUGAAGAGGUCUUGCUCUCGUUUAAAUGCUCUGUCUCCCAUGGGAAGUUCCACUGUGCCGACGAGGCUCUGGUUUUCUGCCGUGUGUGUUGGGGUGGCGGAGGGGGAGGUAGAUGCCCACUUCCUGGGUCCCAGACCUUCCUGUACCUGGUGGACCCACCAGUUAACUCA